GUGGGCAGGCAGGGAGGGAGGGAUGGCGUCGAGCCUGGGCUGGGUGGGCAAGCUGUGGGCUGCCGCGUCGCUGGUGUCGGCGCUGGCGUGCUGUGCCGGCUUCUUCCUGCCAUACUGGCUGCUCGGCCGCCAGCUGGACACGCCGGUGAGUUUCGGUGUGUUCCGCCGCUGCUCCUACCCCGCUCCGCUCGCCCCCCGCGGGCUGCGCAUGGUGCAACAGUGUGGUCGCUAUGCCUCCUUCUUCGGCAUCCCCAGCCUCGCCUGGCGUCUCUGCUGCCUCCUCACCGGCAUCGGCUGUGCCCUGCUCCUCCUCGUCGCCCUCACCGCCCUCAUGGGUUGCUGCAUUUCACACCUCCUCUCCCGCACCCUGGCCAGGGUCGCCGGCGCCAUCCAGUUCAUCGGAGGUCUGCUGAUCGGAUCAGGAUGUGCCCUUUACCCACUGGGCUGGAACAGUGAGGAGGUGCGACAGACCUGCAGCAAUCUCUCUGACCAAUUUGAGCUCGGUACGUGUCAGCUGGGAUGGGCGUUCUACUGCACUGCAGGAGGUGCGGCCGUUACCAUGCUUCUCUGCACUUGGCUAGCUUGCUUCGCUGGCAAGAAACAGAAACAGUAUCCAUACUAAAACCCCCAAAUAAGGGCAGAGAAACAGUUCUGGGCAAGAGAACUGCGGAGGAGUAAUGUUACAAGCAAAAUACCUUCUGGGAACUUUUCCAAAGUCUCUUCACCGAACUUGCUCCAUAUCGGACUUGAAAUGAGAAAAUUCCCAGCUGAACAUGAGACUUCAGGCCAACGUUUUUGAUAUUUCUUUCUUCUGUGUUUGUUUCGAUGAAGGUCUUUCAAGUCUUCGAGGAGGAAGAUAAGUCUGGGAUGAACUUUUUUGUUCAAAGUGCUUCGAGUAGGAACCUCCCCCAACAUUUGUGAAGUAGGGAGCCCAGCGUCAAUGUCACAAUUGAGCUGUCAUAAGGCAAACAUUGCGAAGGAAGGAACUGCAGGUGCUGGUUUAUACCGAAAAUAGGUGCAAAAUGCUGGAGUAACUCAGCGGGGACAGGCAGCAUCUCUGGAAAAAAAAAGAAUAGGUGACAUUUCGGGUCGAAGAAUGUCAUUGGUCCCAUGUUCUAAUCAGAGAUGCUGCCUGACCCACUGAGUUACUCCUGCACUUUGUAUCUAUCAUGUGGAAAACGCCCCUGCUUGGAUAGGGAAUAUCGCGAGCUGGCUCCAUUAUAAAGCAGAUCGGAGGGAGUGUUUACAAAACAGCCGGGCCCCUGUUCUGUGGAGAAACAACCAAAUGUGUUCAGUCAUAUUCACACGCACACCCUCCCUCAACAGAAAGCAUCCCCUCAAUCAUCACACAAGCAAUAACGUGAUGAGUAUUUCAUUACAUCUCACUCAUCAUGGAGCAUUUGAACAAAAUGUAUUCCCCUUAGAGUUUCAUUUGCUUUUUAUAAAGUGUUUCACGGACCAAUUUAACUAGAAAAGACAUUUUUUUUAAAGUACGUGUAUAUACUUUUAUAUGUGUAAUAUAUAUUCGUACACACAAACACACACUUUACACACAUCCACUUUAGGAAAAAAAUCAAACACUAGUUAAUGUACGUAAUAACAAAGUUAUUGCCUCCAGCUAGAUUGUAUUCAAGGCUAACUUAAUCCAAUUCUGAAUAUAUUUCUGUAAGCUAUGAUUGUCAGUGUUAUUGCUGUUUCGUUAUACAGGUUAAGGCCCUGUUUUAUUGUAGACAAAACGGGGCCGAUACGCACUUCAAUUAAACAUUAAGCUGCA